AUGAUAUACGACGGCUGCAGUGGUCUCUCGUUUUCUUCACUGAGUGGCCCAUCGUUCUUUCUCCCAGUUCGUUUGCUGUGGCGCUACGGGCUACAAUUGGUCAAGUUGAGAUCUUUCAUGAGCUCACACAUGAGGGAUUUUUUAAGGAUUUACAGACUUCAAGACGACGGUGAAUGUUUUACGACCACAGCCAGCCUAUUUGCUGCCAUAAAACCAGAGUUCGUAGAAAUGACAAAAUGGAGUUUUGAUGAUUGGCUGAGCCAACGAAACAAAAUUUCCGAUCCAUUAAAGUCCGAGAUUUUAUACGGCGCAUUAUCGAAAACCUACUGCCAGAGCCUCGAUGUGCACGCUUUUGCGGGUUUCCUUAGCUUGGCAUCCAUUAUACCAAAACUGGCCGCUAUCCGAGAUGGCAACGAACUUGUUCCCAAAAUGCUGAUUGAGCAUGCUCUGGAGCACAAUCCGCCCGGGAAUCCAGGAGGGUUUAUCCAAGCAAGGGUUACUACCAUCGAGCCGUCUACAUCCGUUGAGGGCUCCUAUACCGUCGAAUAUGUUCUAGACCAAGAGAAAAACACCAAGAAAGCCACGUUCGACUACGUUGUCUUGGCAGCGCCCAUGCACCAAGCGGCAACUAUUUGUGGAAAAGGCAACAUCAAAUUACCCACAGCGACCUAUCGCCGGGUAGAUCAUACGUUCAUUCAUGGGACGCUCAAGUAUUCUGCCUUUGGAAUAUCACCUGACUCUGUCACAGUGAAUAAACUGCCGAUGAUUUUUCCAAGUGCAAGCGCUUACGAAGAAGAGUUGUGCCCAUUUAGAAGUAUAAUUUCUUUGCCAAGAAAUGUCGCGGAUGGCGGUGUCAACGUUUACUCCUGUUUCAGUGAUCCAGAGCGCUUGACCGACCCCAUCAAAUCGCUCACCGCUUUUAUCGACCCAGUGAAUCCGACAAACGAUGCGGACUCAUACGGCCUAAAAACGGAGUUUUUGGCGUUUCCAGUUUUCAAGCCAGUGGAAGAUCCCCAAGAGGAACUUGGUUCUUUUAUCUUGGCACCCAACCUAUAUUAUGCCAAUGCAAUUGAAGCCAUGGCUUCUUGCAUGGAGAUUGCGGCGAUCGGAGGUCGCAAUGUCGCUCUGCUGAUCGCCGCGAAAAGACGAUCAUCGAAACAGCCGACAUGA